UAUGUCACUAGAGCCGACGGAGAACGUUUCUGUCUGUAGUCUCUCGUUUUGUUAGGCACGUCAGUACGUACACGAGCGCCGUUUUGCCAGCUGCAAUCAGAGUAGUGUGAUAGUUAGUAUUCGACGGACGGAUCCGACAACGCCCAUUUACAUAUCUUGGCUGGAAAAGACCAAAAACGUGAAAAAUGGGUUGCGGAAUGACUCUCAUCAAAUAUAUGAUGUUUUUCGUCAAUUUCUUGAUAUUUCUUGCAGGUGCAGCUAUGCUCGCCGUUGGAAUUUGGGUUGUGGUUGACGCAGAUUCGUUCAAGAAUAUGGUGUCUUCAGAUCCAGCGAUAUUUUCUGGCAUCUACAUUAUAAUAGCAAUUGGAGCAGCAGUGUUUCUGAUUGGGUUCCUUGGCUGCUGUGGAGCAAUUAAAGAAAGUCGAUGCCUCUUGGGAACGUUCUUCGCCAUCAUCCUUGUCCUGUUCUUGAUACAACUGGUCGGGGCAAUAUUGGCAAUCGUGUACAGAUCAAAAAGUAUGGACCUCAUUAGAGAGCAGAUGGACGACUACAAAACCGACGCAGAUGUUAAAAAGGGUUGGGAUGAGUUGCAUACAGAGUUCAAAUGCUGCGGAAUUGAUGGACCAGGAGACUGGGGAAAGGACAUACCAAAAUCAUGUUGUGCGGGAAUGCCCCAAAAGUGCAAUGUAACUUUGGCCUAUGAGCAUGGAUGCAGCAACUCAAUUUCGAAAAUGUUCUGGAUACUGAGUGGAAUUUCUCUUGGAAUCCUUCUAAUCGAGCUCUUGGCGAUGGUGUUCUCAUGUUGUCUUUACCAAAAGAUUGGAAAAGCUGAGUAACGAGUCAAAAUGGCUGAAAUAAACGAUGAUUAUAUGUUUCCUGAUUGGGAUCAUCAUCACCAUAUUGCAUAAGACUGAGUGCUUAAUUAUUAUUUCAAUAUAUCAUUUUCAUUGAUGCCGUCUAUUAACUCGGGAUAGUGACACACAUUAUGUAUGCCACUUCUUUUCCAUUAAUGCAUGCUGCCCAAGAAAAAUUAACUUUCUAUUGGGUUUUCGAUUCAAGAAUGGACAAGAAAAGUCGAGCUCUGAUAUAAUGUAUCGUGUACAGUUGGAUAUGGAUGGCCAUUAUGCCAAUAGUAUAAUGUUGCAUGAUAAAUAACGUUAGACCGUAUAGUUGUACAUCGUAGUACUAAUCAUUUUGAAGAACUUAGACGGCUUCACUCAUUUUUACAUUAUCCUAGCCUUUCUUUUAAACUGUCGGAAUAUUCAAUUGUGUAUUAACUUCACGUAUGAAUAAAUGAAGAUAGUAAUAAUGGAA